GUGCCUUUGGGAUGAGCCUCCCGUGGCCCCCCAGACCCUGGGCACUGCAGGGAUCCUGAUCCCAUUACUGCUUGGCUUCAUGGCUGGAAACCGAGCUGACUGGGGAAAGGAGGAACGCGCCUGGAGAAUUCUUGGGAGGAAGUUAUCGUGGGUCAGCUGGCUCUUCCUGGUUCCCUCUUGCACACCAGGUGGACUGCUGGACAUACAGAGAUGAGCCCCUGCCCUCAGGACACUCUGACCACGUUUCUGUGGGGGAAGGAGAGUGCCAGAGGUGACUGGUUCUUCUAGGCUCUCAUGGCCACCAUGUUGGAAGGCAGAUGCCAAACUCAGCCAAGGAGCAGCCCCAGUGGCCGAGAGACUAGCCUGUGGUCCUCAGGCCUUGGGAUGAAGCUGGAGGCUGUCACUCCAUUCCUGGGGAAGUAUCGCCCCUUUGUGGGUCGCUGUUGCCAGACCUGCACCCCCAAGAGCUGGGAGUCCCUCUUCCACAGAAGCAUAACGGACCUAGGCUUCUGCAAUGUGAUCCUGGUGAAGGAGGAGAACACGAGGUUUUGGGGCUGGCUGGUUCGGAGGCUCUGCUAUUUCCUGUGGUCCCUGGAGCAGCACAUCCCCCCCUGCCAGGAUGCCCCACAGAAGAUCAUGGAAAGCACCAGGGUACAGAACCUCCUCUCAGGGAGGGUCGCAGGAGGCGCUGGGGAAGGCCAGGUGCCCGACCUUGUGAAGAAGGAGGUACAGAGCAUCCUGGGUCACACCCAGGCCCCACCCUGUUCCUUCCUGGUCAGGCUGUUCAGCUGGGCGCUGCUGCGGUUCCUGAACUGCCUCUUCCUGAAUGUGCAGCUCCACAAGGGUCAAAUGAAGAUGGUCCAGAAGGCCGCCCAGGCAGGCUCGCCGCUUGUCCUCCUCUCUACUCACAAAACCCUCCUGGACGGGAUCCUACUGCCCUUUUUGCUGCUCUCCCAGGGCCUGGGUGUGCUCCGUGUGGCCUGGGAAUCCCGCGCCUGCUCCCCUGCCCUCAGAGCUCUGCUGAGGAAGCUUGGGGGACUUUUCCUGCCCCCAGAGGCCAACCUCUCCCUGGACAACUCUGAGGGGCUCCUUGCAAGGGCUGUGGUCCAGGCGGCCUCGGCCCCCCUGGGGCUGUGGACAGGAGCUCUGGCUGUCCUACGUAGUCUGUGGAGCCACUGGGGCUGCAGCUGCCGGAUCUGCUCCCGGGUGCACCUAGCUCAGCCCUUUUCCCUGCAGGAAUACAUCGUCAGUGCCAGAAGCUGCUGGGGCGGCAGGCAGACCCUGGAGCAGCUACUGCAGCCCAUCGUGCUGGGCCAAUGUACUGCUGUCCCAGACACUGAGAAGGAGCAGGAGUGGACCCCCAUAACUGGGCCUCUCCUGGCCCUCAAGGAAGAGGACCAGCUCCUGGUCAGGAGACUGAGCUGUCAUGUCCUGAGUGCCAGUGUGGGGAGCUCUGCGGUGAUGAGCACGGCCAUCAUGGCAACACUGCUGCUAGUCAAGCACCAGAAGGGUGUGUUCCUGUCGCAGCUCCUGGGGGAGUUCUCCUGGCUGACGGAGGAGAUACUGUUGCGUGGCUUUGAUGUAGGCUUCUCUGGGCAGCUGCGGAGCCUGCUGCAGCACUCACUGAGCCUGCUGCGGGCGCACGUGGCCCUGCUGUGCAUCCGCCAGGGCGACUUGCUGGUGGUGCCACGGCCUGGCCCAGGCCUCAUGCACCUGGCACGGCUGAGUGCUGAGCUGCUGCCCGUCUUCCUGAGCGAGGCUGUGGGCACCUGUGCAGUGCGGGGGCUGCUGGCAGGCAGAGUGCCGCCCCAGGGGCCCUGGGAGCUGCAGGGCAUAUUGCUGCUGAGCCAGAAUGAGCUGUACUGCCAGAUCCUGCUGCUGAUGCACCUGCUGCCGCAAGACCUGCUGCUGCUAAAGCCCUGCCAGUCUUCCUACUGCCACUGUCAGGAGGUGCUGGACCGGCUCAUCCAGUGCGGGCUCCUGGUUGCUGAGGAGCUCAGCCAGCAGUCACACUGCCCAGACUUCUUUCUCUUCCUCUGCCGCCUGCUUAGCCCGUUGCUCAAGGCCUUUGCACAGGCUGCCGCCUUGAUACUGGUGAGACCCUUGUUCCCUUGCAGUCCUCGAGGUAGGCUCUGUCUGUGCUGGGCGCCAGGUCUAGGUCUUCUCUCUUCUGCAGUCGGGCUACACAGAGCAGCUGUUCCAGUUCCUGCAGGCCACCGCCCAGGAAGAAGGGAUCCUCGAGUAUGCGGACCCAAAGCUCGCCAUCAGUGCUAUCUGGACCUUCAGAGACAUGGAGGUUCUGCAGCAGACGCCGAGCCCUGCAGACCCCAGGCUCCACCUGUCCCCUACUUUUGCCAGCCGGGACAAUCAGGAAAAACUAGAACAGUUCAUCUGGCAGUUCAUUUGUAGCUAGAACUGUGAGGAGGAGCCUGUGCCGAGACUUCUCAGCCCCAGAACACAGCUGUGUCCUAGAGCCAGAAGAUGGAGAGGAGGCUGCAAACCCUUAGCUGGUCUAUAAAUAUAAUCAUUGAGGCUUGAUUGUCCCUUGCCAUCUCUUGCUUUCUCCCUCCUUUGAUGUGAUAAACAAGGGGACCAGACGAGUUGUCUUUUCCCAAGCCCAGAA